UUAAGUGUGGUAUAUUAAUCCUUCCAACGCCGUGUCAAUCGUACAAGGCGAUAUAGCAUCACAUAUUCGGAUGAUGCGACGCUGAACGUGUUAAAUUAGAUACAUUGUUGUAGUUCGCUGCGCGUUCAGUUAUGGAAAGGGAGUUCCAUGUAGUAACAGCCCGUGCAAUAUUUGCAUACCUUUACGACCAUGAUAUGUACAAACUGGCGCAGGAGUUCUGCAUGACUAAUCCGUAUUUGGAGCCGGAUCGUCAUUUGAUGAAGGAGGGCAAAUUUCCGGUAAACGUUGGACAGAAACCGCUUCAGAACGUGAUGCAGGAGUUCAUCAUGAUGGAAUCGAUACUAUUGCAGCUAGUGAAUCUUUUCAGCAGUGCGGUAAGUUUUCCGGACACCAGUUCCAUCUUGGAACUGGCAGAACAUUUGAUCAAGGUGGUUAAAUCUUCCGGAACGGGACAGGUACUGAAAGAGGUCAUUUCCACGCUUCCGGUCUGUACCGAUUGGAGUGAGACACAGCCAUCUACUGCGCAGCCGGCACCGACUCCGAUUCCACGGACUGUUGUGGAAAACGCAAGCACGGGACCAAGUAUGCCAGAUAUAUCGUUUUCAGCCGAUAACCUGUUUGACCAUGAUCUCAUCAUUACGGCGUCGGAUAUGAGCUUCAUUGAAACAAUAACGCGCUGUGUAGAGCCGGAUAACAUGCCCGUUGUAAUGGAGAACACGGAGAUAAACGGACAACCGAUCGAAGCUGUUAAAAUUAGUGGCGUCAUCCCUGUUGAAAACGUAACACCUGUGAGUGGCAUGCAAUCAAACCUAUCUUCCACAUCAACCUCCGCUUCAACGAGCGUCGUGAUGACAUCUCCACAUCAAAUUAACCAACCAAACAAACAGGCGCAACAUGUUACGUUGCAGGUGGCACGUGAAAACGUACCAACGACAACGAAUCCACCACCACAGAUCGUCAGCAACCAACAGGUACCCAAUGUGCCGAAACAGCACACCGAAAAGGUACCGGCAAUGGCCAGUGCGACACGAUCGAAUGCAACACCGCUGGACCAUCCGAUCGUUCCCGGCACAGUCAGUUCCCGUUCGACCUCAAGCCGCAAACAGUCGCACAUCCGCAUACUGGACUUUGGCACACCGCCAUACAAACGUGGCAGUCAAUCGAGCUACGGUCCGUCUCGGGUGAUACCGUCACCAGCCCUGGGCGUGCCUCAACAGACCGUCGCAGUGCCAGAACAGGCGGUUUCAGUGCCGAAGCUAACACCAUCGACUAGUGCAGCUGUCAGAAACUUGGCGCCGGUGCCAACCGCCAACGAAGAAUCCAAACCAAAGAAAAUGAUCGUCAAGCGACGACUACAGCUGCGCGGGAUGCGAAAACGAAUGAAACGAAUCGCUGUCCCCAGGCUUUCCGUCAAAGAACAGCGCAGAAAGGCAGUACUAAAGAAUAAAACCGUUUCACCGGUCAAUAUGCAUCAGAAACUCGACACCACCAACCCAUCAUUAAACAGUUUCAAAAGUGAUCGAAAUAAUGUACAAACGAACGAGAACGCAUAUACCUCGACGCCCGCACCCACCAUCAGCUUGUCACCAGGGAAAGCGUUACGGCCACUCUCAGCAUCACCGCCCCCGACCAUUAUACCCGGUUCGCCCGCCUGUCCGGUCGAUCCGUUUGCCAUCUGUCCGAUGACGCCACGCUUCCUUACCCGUCCACUGCAGUCGCUGUGCAUGCUGUCGCCGCUGUUCGAAAGGCUCGACGCGAGUGCAAUCAGCCAGAUCAAAUCAAUCAGCCAUACGAAACGGUCCAGCGACAUCAAUACACCCGCGUAUCCAAUAACGCCCGGCAAUACCAUCACGCCGUCACCGCCGCCGGAUAGUGUACCGUACUAUGAAAACGAAUCCGGUGCAGUUGACAGCGCACGUAAGUCGGUCGACACGGACAGUGAGUCGUCCGUUGCAUCUAAAUCACAGCUAACGCUUACGGCCAGUGAGUGCAGCAAAGAGAUAGCGAUCACGUACGUAGAGCGCGAACGAAUGCCACCAGCGGUGAAGAACGACCACAAGUUCGACGAACAGCUCUCGGCACGUAUCGAGAUUGACAAUGGUAACCGUACGUUUCAGAUUGCGGUUACACCGAUCAUUACAUUGUAUGAAUAUUUUCCGUAGAAAAGCCUGUAUGACGCACUGUGUAUACAGUCAUUUCCCGAGUUACUCAGCUCUCAAAUUUAUUACAGUUCAUGUAAUUUUGUUUGUAUGUGUAAUUUUGAAUUUGCUAUUAGUUAAAGUUCAAAUUUUCCCAAAAACAUGUUACAUUUUAAUGUUAUAAACAUACAUUUUGAUAGAAAUUUGCUCUAAUUGUCGAAACUAUCUAUGCGCUUCGUAUCGUAAAAAGAAGAAAUCGAUCCCUGGAUGCAUAAUAUAAACAAUAUUAUAAAGAGAAUUCGAGAGUUACGUGAAUUUCUUUGGCACGCAUUAUUCGCGUAACUCGGGAAAAGAUUGUUUAUGCAAGUAGGUUUAAUAAUUAAUUAAGAAAUGCGCCGGUGUUUACGCGACAGGAACUUUUCCAUAUCCCGUCCGGAUAUUUCCGUCUUACUAUCCGGCUUAUGUGGUAAAAUAAGCCACAAAAGGCAGAUAUCGCCAAAAAAGAAGAACAAGUUCAAUCACAUGUGCCUGCUUGCACAAAGCAUUUUGUGUUUCACAUGACUGAUGCUUAACAUGUAAAGAAGUGUUAUUACAAGGUUUUACAAUAUAAUACGAUACAAUACGGUGAGCACAACUUACUGAAUCGCGCUAACGAAAAAGAUGGACCGGAAGAUUGACUAU